AUGUGGUCAAACUAUUUCAUGCAGCAGGAAGAGGAUGGACGAAUGGGUGGGCAUGUGGGAACUGGGGCCGGGGCCGGGACCGGGGCCGGGGCCGGGGCCGUGGCUGUGGGAGGUGGUGGGCGCAGUAAAAACAGAGGCAGGUCCUCACACAUGAGUGAGAGCCAAGAGGGCAAGAUCAAGAUUGCGUUUUUUGUAGCCAUUGUGGGUGUGACUCUGACCGUGCUGGGCCUGGGCACAGAGUUCUGGGUGGAACUGGCACAGCCCAAACACUUCCAAAAUAACCAGUCAUGUCAGAUGGUGCACUACGGCCUGUGGAAGGCAUGUACUCGCACACUCUGGGUGUCCGACAUCGACCCGGAGAGAGAGAGCUGUGGGCCUGCAGAGCUGCCUGGAGAAUCAAAUUGCACAUAUUUUAAGUUCUACACUUCAGGAGAGAAUGCAGUCAUUUUUAAGAAAACAACAGAUAAAAGUUUGAGUUUGGCAGCAGCGAUGCUGGCAAUGUUCAGUUUGUUUUUAAUGGUGAUGGGCUCUGUGUGUAUCAUCAUGUCUCUCACGAAGAAUGUCCCCUUCCUCCUCAAGCCCGCCUCUGUCUGCUUCCUCGUCUCAGGUGUCUUGAUUCUGCUGUCCAUCAUCGUUUUCCACCAGUCAGUGUUGGCGUUGCUGGCGAGUGAUCACAGUGUCCCUCUGCACCAUGAGCUGUCCUGGUCAGUGGCGUGCGUAGGCUCGGCCGGGGCUAUCCUUCUUAUUGGGGGCUUUCUUUUCCUGUUGCUUUCUUUACCCUUUAAUCUUUUCAAGAAAUGUGCAAUGCACCAGAACAGUGCUUAGCAGACUGGACUAUAUAUAUUUUUUUACUUAUAGAUAUUAAUAAGAUGACAGAAUUAACAACUGAAAAAUUGC